AUCGCCUGAAACCACUCCAGGACCUGUUGGCGGUGGCCGAAUCUUGCAUUUCAUAUUCGGACGGGACAACCCUGAAGCCCCCCGGGAGUUUGACGAUGUAGAGGAUCUCCAGACUUACAUCAAUGAGGAGAACAAGAAGGUAUAUACAUGCCCCACCGCGGAGUGUGAAGAGUGCUGACAAUGUCAACAAACAGACCAACCCAGGGCUACCACCGGCCAAUUUUAUCCCCGAGGGCCUCAAACUCUGCUAUUGCGACCUCAAUUUCGACAACUUCAUAAUGGAGGACGGGAGUGACCACUCAAGUGGGAUCAUUGUUAUAGACUUUGAGCACACCAGCUGGCUUCCUUAUAGCUUCUUAAUAUGGGAGUUGUGGGUUAAGAGGCAAUUUCAUCUGGAAGAGCGCAUCAGCUCUCGAAGUCAGUUGCAGGUUAAUCGGGAGAAUAUUUAUGCACUUCAUGAGGUACGUAUGCGGAAUCGUUAUAAUUAGGUGAGGCAGAGAGUAUAGAUCAAAAUGUUCUGUCUUUCAAAGGGGUGGGUAGUGGCCUCAACACAUUGGUGUAUUCCCAAAAUACAGGUUGACAUAGGUAAUAUUGAUAUAUUCCACCUUUCGCGAUCCCAAAGUAAUAAUCGAGUGUAUUUAUGUAGUGGUUGUAGAGCCCCGGCACCUCGUAGUCCCCGAUAACUCAUUGACGGCCAACCCCGUUUACAAACACAGCACAUUGCCGGUCUAGAAUCUUCAAGGGGGUGUGGGGAUGGUACCACAUGCAGGUUCGAAAAAAAGGGUACCCCACCAACGCAUAGGUAUCAAAGGACGGUCCUACGCGACUCUGAUAACGAAAGAAGGAAACACG